UUUUUCAUGAGUCAGGAGGACAGUUGGAUUGGGUGCCCCUUAGGAUCUGUGGGGCACCCGCAUUCAGGAGGGAUUGGGCUGGGGUUGGGGUUGGGGUUGGUCCUACCCAGCCACACCCUGUGUUUGUACCACUCAUAUACUGAGCAGGUCCCCAUGUAAGCCUCCCCCCAAACCCCCACCCCUGCCAGUGGAGGAAUGGGGCCUGGCUUGCCCCACCCUGCCUUCAUCUGGCCCCGAAGGCCACAGAUUCUUAACUGAAGGAUAACUGCCAUUAACCAAGGAGAGGCUGGCGAGGGCCCAGGAGGGUCGCAGAAACCUUGGAGGUUUGGCUUCAGGGUUGGAGCUAAGGGACCCCUGCAUUAAGGGAUGGUUCAAGCAUUGAUUUCUAUGGGUUCAGGGUCCAUUUCAGCUCAGCUGAUGCUUUUUUCUUUGGAGUUUAAAAAGCUGUUUCAAACCCCUCCUUACCUCCCGGUCUGGGACAGUCACAUUAUCCUUCUGAGUCCUCUGCUGUCCAGUGUUUUGCAUGCCCCUCACAACCACCCUUUGCGAGAAAAGGCAGGGACACAAGCCCAUUUCACAGAUGGGGACCCUGAGAGCCUCAGGGUAUACAGCAAUUCUUAUGGGAGCCAUGAAGCUGAAUGAGAGGAGCGUGGCCCACUACGCGUUGAGCGACUCCCCGGCGGACCAUACGGGCUUUCUGCGCACCUGGGGCGGGCCAGGGACUGCACCGACCCCCAGUGGCACCGGCCGGAGGUGCUGGUUUGUCCUCAAAGGCAACCUGCUGUUCUCCUUUGAGAGUCGUGAGAGCCGGGCCCCGCUGAGCCUGGUGGUGCUAGAGGGAUGCACGGUGGAGCUGGCUGAGGCUCCCGUGUCCGAGGAGUUCGCCUUCGCCGUCUGCUUCGACGCCCCUGGUGUGCGCCCACACCUGCUGGCGGCCGAUGGGCCCGCGGCGCAGGAGGCCUGGGUGAAGGCCCUGUCCAGGGCCAGCUUUAGCUACAUGCGCCUGGUGGUGCGCGAGCUGGAGAGCCAGCUGCGUGAGGCCCGCCACAGCCUGGCCUUGCAUCGCCACUCAUCCUGGAAGGCCACUGGCAGCCACUGUAAGCCCCAGGCCCCUGACCGCCGGUCUCCAGGCCUGGAAAACGGUUACUCCCCCUCCAAGGAUUGCAGCUCCGUGGACUUGGUUGAAGAAAGGAGCAGCAAGCCAGCGGGGCAGGGCUUGGCCGAGUGGCAGGGCCCGGCCAGCCUCUACCUGGACGGGAGGCAGAGCCCCGCAUUCCCUGAGACCUCCUACUUUUCUACCCUGCACAACUGGUACGGCCAGGAGAUCAUGGAGCUGAGGCAGAGGUGGCUGCGGAGGGUCUGGGGGAGCCGGCCAGCUCGGAAGAAACAGGAUGGGCCCUGAGCCUCAGCCCUUGGGGGUUCUGCCUUUAUCCUGCUGGUCAGGAUUCAGUGUUUAUUUGGUUUCAAGUUGCUUUUUUUUUGAGAGGGUUCUUUCCUUCCUGCUUUUCAGUCCUUCUCCAGGUUCCAGAUCUACCCUCGUGCCUGGACGGGACUGAGGAAUCCUUCCUUCCAACACCUUUACUUCCUGAGGCCCAGAGAGGAAGGGGGCUUACUUGGUAGCCAUGGAGCCUGACCAAGUCUCCUGCCGCUCUGCUGGACUGCCGCUCUGGCAGGGGACACUAGUCAAAUGGUGGAAAUGGGGAAUAUUAUGUGGCUAUAGAAUGCUACCUACACACCAGACUCUACAACCACAACCUCCUACACAGGGAGCCUUGUGUACAUUUAAAUACCAGAAGUUGGCUCAAGUGUUGGCUUGGGGAGCUGACAUGAUCAGGGAAAGUAGGUUUAUUGCCAUAGGGGUUUCUGGGGCCGGUGCUUCCUGAGAGGUGGGGCACAGGACGGCUCCCCCUCUGCAGUUUGGGUGCGGCCCUUUGGAGGGAGAGGGCCUUCAGCCAGAAAAAGGGGAUUGAUUCUGCUCAGAAAGUGUUGGGGCCAUCAGCUUCUCUCCCUGGCUGACCUGUCUAGAGAUGGUGCUGGUCAUGGCCCCAGCUAGGACUGGUGGCAGAAAUCCUUCCUGUGUUCUGCCCUGAGCAGCUGGCUCUGGGAGCUGCCAGGUGGGAAGCUAAAGGAGUGGGGAGGCACAUGGGGCUCCCUGGGGAAGCCAGGCUGUUAUUUUGGUUCUCAGUCCGGGUCAUUCUAGAAGCUUGGACGCAGGAUUCCCAGCAAGCACCCUGUGAUAAACUCUUUCCUCCUGUGCUAAGAGCCACUCCCGAUCUGAACCUGGCCUGGGAACUCAUUGACACUCCCGCUGGUCAGUCAGUGCGCAUCUGCCAAGACCCUGUCUUUGCUACUCUCAGCAGCUCGGUGCCAAGUGUUUUCUCAAUUGUUGAGGGAGGCAAAGUGACUGAGUGGAGAGAGCCAGCAGCCAGACCCGCCUGAGCCCCAGGGUGUGGUCGCAGCGGCUGGAUGGGAGAUCCCGAGGCGGUCAAGACAUCCCCCUCUGCCUGCGCGCAAUCGGCCCCUUCUUAGCCUCUUGAGCCUUUACUAGGGCCUUGGGUACACUGCCCGGGGCCCCAGUAUGUCUAGAGGCUUCCGCUCAGCCCAAGACCAGGACGCCGGGAGGCCACCAGGGUCCGGAACCCGUUCCUGCGGGCUUGUUCCCAGAAGAGGGGCUGGAGGAGCCCCCGGCCCACUGCGCCUUGUUUUAUACACAGACACUACAGGCUUUUGUUAUCGUUCUUACGGUCACAGUGUUUUUUAUCGAGUAAAACACUUAGUUUUUAUUACUCACUUCGGUUCCUCGAGUUUAUUUCAACAGUCACUUGCCCAGGUCGUGCGAAAGCUCGCACU